AUGGCAUCUUCAGCUCCGGCUCCAUCAUCCAACCUCGAAUCGCUGCCGCCUCGACCCCCGACGCCUCCACGGGAAGCAGGCAAGGAGAGCGACCUCUCAGUCAAAACCAUUCUCACCCGCGCUUCUUCGUCCGACCCCCAGGACAGCCUUCAGACUCCUCCAGCCGCCAACACCCCGACGUCGACUGAUGUCCCCGACUCCAAGUUGAUGUCAAGCAGGGCGAGGAAGAAGGUCGUCUGGUCGGCACACACCGAAUAUAAGGAUCCAAUUGACUAUCGGUCAAUCGAAAAACUCCACAAGUCGUCUCCUCUCUCUGUUCCUUCACCCACGUCGAAGCCCAUCAAAGGCAUUCUCAAACCGUCCUCGUCUCCGACCCCACGCACACUGUCGUCUGGUGGAGAUUUUGAUUUGGUAUUGGGCCAGCCUAACAUAAUCGAAAUGUUGGACUCAACAAUAAAGCAACUGGCUGGUUCCGACCGGGAUUCGAAACUCGAUGCAUACAUGGUGCUCUCUAGGGCUUUGAAAGCCUCCAAUAAUCUCCCCGACCGAGUUGCCCUUCAAGACAAGAUGAGCCUGUUCAUGCAGUUCAUUCAGCGUGAUAUCACAUCAAAAACCGACACGGGAGCUCUCGAUUCUUCGCUAAUAAACCACGCCCUGACACUUCUCGCCACGUUUCUUCACUUUCCUGCCAUUGCCUCGACCCUCACAUCCGACUUUGGAAUAUUCGUCAUCGACCACUCUGUUCGUGCGUUUGAGGAUGCCAGCACCCCCAAAGAUGUUGUACGGCAUCUGAUGCAAGUUGUUGCCUUUCAAAACUUUUCGCCCAAGGUGAUGACAUCUGAUCGAGUGGGACGCCUGGUGACUGCGCUGCAUCAUAUAGAGGGCCACCUCAAAGGCAAAAGUAUUGUCAUGAGUCGGAUACACAUAUAUAAGCGCCUUGUCAAACAGGCACGCUUGCAUAUGGUUACUCAUUCAAACUGGCUUAAGGAUAUGCUCUCGGAUAUGCUAAGUACCGUCAAGGAUAUUCGAGCUCAAGCAAUCAGCCUUGCGACUGAGGCUGGGUUUGCUCUACGUUCCGAGAAGCAGCUUAUGCGGAAAACGAGCGAAAUAUUCCAAACAACGAAUGACGAUCAAACAUAUAUCGAAUUUUAUAUUCACAGGCUACAAGAAAUGCUCAAGGACAGGACAAGCGCUUCGGCUGUACCGCAGAUAUGGAGUGCCAUCAUUCUUUUCAUGCGGUGCCCGCUGGAGAGGUGGCAAUACUAUGGCCCUUGGCUAACUCUUGCCCAAUCUGCCUUCAACAUGGCAGAUGCUUCCACAAAACAGGAAGCAAAUUUUGCUUGGAAUCGGUAUAUCUACCUUACCCUGGCCGAUAGCAAAAGCACCCCCAAAAUACUAGGAACCCUCUGUCAGCCUCUCCUCAGUCAACUACGGAGACGAGCAAAUCCUAGACAGCUAGAAGAAGCUGUGAAGCUCCAAAGGACAGUCAUUGGCGGCAUAUGCAAUCUCUACUAUUAUGCGUUCGCUCCAGGGAAUGAUAAGUUCUCCCCUGAUUCAAUAUGGGACGUUGCCGUUGAGCCUGUUUUAUCACAGCUUAUUGGUUUGGAUGGCAAGCCUGAAAUUCCGGGAGAUUGUCUCAUGCAGGCUGGUCGUAUCUUGGCGAAUCUCCUGGAUGUGGCUACACCUCGCAUGUGGAGACAAGAUCGUAUCAUGGAGACACCGCCAGCAAACCCAGAUGAACUUCCACCCUUGGAUUCGAAAUGGGUGAGGCGAAACUGUGACAAAGUCUUUCGAACGGUUAAUCCUCUUCUGGAAAAAAGGUUCCUUGACCUGGCCAAUAAAGACUCGUUGGUAUAUCGCUUGUGGCAUGCCUUGGUCGGGUCAAUUGCCGCGGCAUCAGCAAAGGAUAUCAAAGUGUCGGAAGAUACUGCCAAGUUCUUUGCUUACGCAUUUGGCUUGUUGUCUAAGGUGUGGCUAGCGGGAAUGCCUUCAGAUGGCAGCUUACAUGCUCCGGCGUUUCUCUCAAGCGUCAGGAACUUCAUCGACAUUCUCGUCAAGGCACUCGGCAUCCUUCCCUUUACAGAAAAGAAACUCGCCAUGACAGUAGGCAACACUUUCGAAUCCAUUGCAACACCAUCUCACAAUCAGAGUCGAUCAAGCUCUCCGGGAAUCAUUCGGACCCCUCUACAUCACCUCUUCUCAAUGCUCUCUUCUGUCCCUCCAGGCGUCACCGAUGACGAAGCCUUGUCCGACUUUUUUCUUUGCGUGUUUGAACCUUUUUUUAACGGCAAAGCGACAAAAGCGCGCCUGGAGCUGGCACACGAGCUCCUGCAACUACUGCCUAGAGAGUCAUCAUCCCCGUAUGGACCAUGGCUGUUAGCUGCACAGAACUUGUCUCUAUCUCUUGAUAAUGGCGAACCUACAUCCAACUUGGCGGGUAGCAGUAAAAUACUAGGACCAAAGUAUCGAGACAUUACUUCCUUGCUUGAACGCGGGCUCGUCGGAUACCCUCAGCUUCCGUUAGAUCGAUGGUUCUCGCUAUUUGAGCGACUUUCCGAAAACGUAGUUGAGCAACUCGGCGAUGCUGGGCGUGCUCUUGUUGUUGUCGAACCCCUGGCCAAGGCCCUACUCGACUGUCUUGAAAAUGGCAGCACAAACCCCCCAUCUGCAACUUCUCUCAAAGCAAUCCGCGCGCUUUUCGAUGUUGCCAAGCUUCCGCGUGAUCGGACUGCUCUGAAUACUACUCGGCAGCGGUUAUGGGGGACGUCUCUGGCAGCCACACGAGCAGUUUCACUAGAUCCAUUUGACAACCUUCAUAAACUCGGUAAUCAGGCUCUGGGGACUUUCUACAGCAAGAUUUCCCUGUUCGACUCCAAUACUGAGGUUAUACCUUUGAUUGAGAGCAUUGAAAGCUUUUCGGUCAGAUGCUUCCCUCAACUGGGUGUCAAGGCCUUUACGAAUAUCCAGGCUAGCCUGUGUUUAUGGAUUGAGGAUGACAAAUCUUGCUACGAACAUGACGAAGAAUCACUACUAUCAAAGGCUCUCAUUCAUAUUUGGAAUCGAAUAACUGCGGAACUUGCGGGGCGAGAACAACUGACGAAGGAUGAAUUUGAUCAAAUGGAACCUCUCCUAACCUCUGCUUUCAAGAGCAAGCUGCCCACUAUUGUUGACAAGACGAUAGACCUGUGGAAUGUGCUUGCCAAGGACGAAGAGCAAGUGUCUUGCUCUGACAGCUUAAAAUCUGUCGCUUCAGAAGCAGGAUCAAAGAAACAACGUAUGGGAUUGGGAGAGACUGGGAAGAUUGGUGGUGCAUUCGGUGCUCAGGCUCCUCCUUCCAAUCGGCUACCAGACGAAACAAUCGUUGUGCUCUCAUCAGAUUCUUCUCGUUUGGAUGCUGAGCCAGCUUCAGGCAGAAGGACAGCCACCCGGAUGUCGGCUCGGAAACGUCGCAUGGAAGAGACUCCUGAGCCAAGCCGCACAAAAUCAACCAAGCGAACUAGCACUCCUAGACUCCGCCAUGACAACUCUCAGGUCCAGUUUACUAUUGUUGCAUCAUCGUCUCCGGUUCCAGCAGACGGUUCUCAGCACCUCACGGAGAGACAAAAAGAAGUCCGGGAAAGGCAGCGUGAAAAUGAAAAUAUCUACUCGGAUAUGCGAACAAGCUCCCCAUCUCUCGCCAAGGAAGACUCGACCAAACCGGUUGAAACAUCAGCCACUACUGAUAACCAGGCUGGAGAGACAACCCCACGUCGUGCUACGUCCUACGAUAACCUAGUCACCUCAACACCAACUCCUAGGCGAGGCCAACCUGUGCACGUGGACGACACCGAUCCUCCGUCUUCGCCUCCCGUACCGCGACCAUACCCGCUUCUCUCAGAAAUUCAAUCUCGAUCUAGGAUUAGCUCCCUAGAUAGCCUAGAUAGCUGGGAGUUUUCAUCACCUCCUGGUUCGCCGGUCCCUGGUGACCAGGAGGCAAUAUCGGAGGUUCAGUUACCAGGAGAGAAGCCAGCCGGCAAGGCCAACGAGAAGGCAGUAACAAAAACUAAAGACUUUGUUACCAGCUCGAGAGACGUUAUUCCAUCCAGCUUUAUAGAAAGGGAAUCAUCAUCAGACCUGACGGAUUUGUCGGAUAGAGAUGUCUCCUCAUCGCCAGAACCACCGCGGCUUCUCGAAACCCCAACCAAGAAACGGCUGUUACGUGAUGCCGCCGCUGUAGAGGAAAGUCCAAGGUCGGGAGAUGACGAGUUUGUCGACGCUAGGAGCAGCCCUGAAAAGCCCAUCUUUCCACAGGUUAACGACACGUCGUUCGCCCUCAGUGAAGGAGACGAGAGCCGAAUGAUGAAACUUGCGGAUGAAAUCGAAUCGGGUGGCGGCGUCGGUCUACAAGAAAAUGCCGAGGCUGAGGACAGCUCUGAUGAGCGUUCCAGCGUGCAGUCCGAAGAACCUCAACCGCCCUCGCCCCCAAGGACUCGCAGGGCAGCUAAGCGCGCCACUCCUGCGAUCAUUCCCUCCACUCCUGCGAGAUCUGUUGGUGACGGUGAGGGUGGUGGAAGCAAAAGAAAGAGGAAGCGAUCAGGGUCGCGGCAGAGCGAGAGCCGUUCGAAGAAGCAACGAUCCGAAGCUGUGAAAGAAGUCGAAGUACCAGUGGUGAGCGAGAACGAACCUGCGUCCAUAGGAAUGGAGACUAGGGGAAGUGCUCGAAGACAACGCCAGCAACGCCAGCGAGAAGACAAGACCAACGGUUCGCAGAAACGAUCCAGCAAGCGAAAUAGGAAGCGCCGGGGUGGGGAUACGGACGACGAGGUGGUGUCACAGCUGGAGAAGGAAUCAGAUGCAGCGGCUGAGAGCCAGGAAGCAACCAGGGAUGCAGAAGAAGAAGAAGGAGUACCUAGCACCAAGGAUGAGCCGCAUCAACUGCCAGGGAAUAUGGACGUCGAUGCGGAUGCAGCUGCGAACGCUACAGUGGUGGACGAAGCGGAAAGCGAGCCGCCGCGUGCAGAGGAGGAAAAGAAGGCAAAGGCCCUGACGAUCAUGGAAACAUUACAAAACAGUCUGGAGCAGCUACGCCAGGUGGCUCUGCCCCGAAGCGAAGUAUACAAGAUGGAGGACAUGUUGAUGGAUCUGAAGCGAGAGUUGUUUGAAGCAGAAAGACGAGGAAGGGACAGCACCUAG